AUGGACGCCUUCUCAGGGUACAAUCAAAUCCUAAUGCAUCCGGAUGACCGCGAGAAAACGGCCUUCAUAACGGACCAGGGGACAUAUUGCUAUAAAGUCAUGCUCUUCGGCUUGAAGAACGCAGGCGCGACCUACCAGCGUUUGGUCAAUCGAAUGUUCGCGGAUAAAUUUGGCGACACUAUGGAGGUUUACAUCGACGACAUGCUGGUCAAAGUCACCUCAGGCAAAUUCCUGGGAUACAUUGUCACCCAGCGAGGCAUCGAAGCGAACCCCAAGCAAAUAACCCCAAUCCUCAACCUCCCGAGCCCAAGGAACAGCCGAGAAGUCCAACGCUUAACAGGGAGAAUUGCAGCCCUCAACAGAUUCAUCUCGCGAUCUACUGAUAAGUGCCUCCCUUUCUAUGAACUCUUGCGCGGAAAUAGAAGUUUCAUCUGGGAAGAAAAAUGCGAAGAAGCGUUCAAUCAACUGAAGCACUAUCUCACGACGCCUCCGGUUCUAUCAAAGCCCGAGGCUGGUGAUACCCUGUCCUUAUAUAUCGCCGACACUUCCUCGGCGGUCAGCAGCGUUCUCAUCCGCGAAGAUCGAGGCGAGCAGAAGCCCAUUUUCUACAUCAGCAAAUGCAUGACCGAACCGGAAACGUGGUACCCAAACUUGGAGAAAAUGGCUCUCGCCGUCGUCACCUCGGCAAGAAAACUCAGGCCUUACUUUCAACCACAUACGAUCGAAAUACUCUCCAACCAGCCCCUCAGAACGGUUCUCGCUGACUUCCUGAUCGAGUUAACGCCAGAACUCGAACAAGACCUAAUCCUACCAAGCAAGAAUUGGAUACUGCACGUAGAUGGUUCAUCUACGAACAAAGGUUCGGGGGCAGGUGUACAACUACAGUCUCCCGCAGGUGAGCUAAUUCGACAAUCGUUCAGCUUUGGCUUCGCAGCAUCAAACAACGAAGCUGAAUACGAGUCUCUCAUUGCGGGGCUCCGUCUCGCUAAAGCAGUCAAAGCUAAGCGAGUUAGCGCAUACUGCGAUUCCCAACUCGUGGUAAACCAAUAUCUUGGCGACUACGACGUCAAGAAUGAUAGGAUGGAUCCUUACCUAAAACUCGUCAAGGAUCUCACACGGGAUUUCGAGUUCUUCGAAAUCUGGAAGGUUCCUCGUGGAGAAAACAUAUGCGCGGACGCCCUCGCAGCUCUUGGAAGCAAACUGCACGACCAAGUGAAGAGAACGAUCCCAAUACACAAGAUUGAGAAACCAAGCAUCAGCCAAAUAACCGAGCAGUUGGCCAUCGCAGCAUCCGUCACCGACUCAAUGCAUAUCGACGAAGCAGAACCUUGCACAAGGGAAAGUCAGCUCAGCGAUUGGCGAAAGGAGUUCAUCGCUUACUUAGCUGAUGGCAAAUUGCCUACCGAGAAGUGGGAGGCUAGACGACUCAAGCGACGCAGCGCACAUUACGUCGUCAUGGACGGAGACCUCCAUCGAUGGACCACGACAAAGGUACUCCUUAAAUGCAUUUCCGGUGACGAAACAAGACUCGUCAUGGACGAAACGCACGAAGGAGCGGCAGGCAAUCAUUCAGGAGGGCGAGCCCUCGCAUUGAAAGUGAAGAAUCUCGGUUUCUACUGGCCGACCAUGAACGCAGAUUGUGAAUCUUACGUCAAAAAAUGUGACAAGUGCCAGCGAAACCCUUCAACCAUCCACAGUCCGACGGAGUUGUUCCAUACCUUGACUGCACCGUACCCGUUCAUGCGAUGGGGAAUGGAUAUUAUUGGACCAAUGCCGAGCUCUCGACAGAAUUGA